AUGAGUUCCUCAGCAAAACUGAGUCAUGAUGCAGCAGGUGUGGAAGUGGAUCCAACACUUUAUCGAAGCAUGAUCAGUAGUCUUCUCUACCUCAUUGCUAGCAGACCAGACAUCGCGUUUAGUGUAGGAGUAUGUGCUCGAUUUCAGGCAGCACCCAAAGAGUCACACUUGACAACAAUCAAACGAAUUAUCCACUACAUAAAUGGCACAUCUAAUUAUGGAAUCUGGUAUUCAAGAGACUCGAAUGAGUGCCUAGCUGGAUAUUCUGACGCUGACUGGGCCGAGUGCAUUGAUGACAGGAAAAGCACUUCCGGUGGUUGCUUCUACCUUGGAAAUAACCUAGUGUCUUGGAUGAGCAAAAAGCAAAAUUCAGUUUCUCUAUCAACGGUUGAAGAUGAGUACAUUGCAGCGGCGAGUUGUGCUGCACAAUUAUUAUGGAUGAAGAAGCUUCUAUAUGGUUAUGGAAUCACUCAAGACACUAUGUGUGUGUUCUGUGACAAUACAAGUGCCAUAAAUUUGUCCAAAAACCCAGUUCAACACUCAAAAUCAAAGCAUAUCGAGAUCCGGUAUCACUUCAUUCGAGAUUUGGUAGAGGAAAAGACUGUGUAUUUGGAGUUCAUCAACACUAACAACCAGAAGGUAGACAUCUUUACUAAACCUCUUGAUGGUCCAAGGUUUGAGUCUUUGCGUAAGACUAUUGGUGUUGGUAUCAUUCCUUGA